UCUCUCCUCUCACUCUCUAGAGCGAAGGAAGGCCAGCACAGCGCGGAUGCGCUCGCGAGGCGUGGCAUGGAGUUCGCCGCCGCCGCUCUCCGCUCCAACCUUCCCUCCUCCGCUCCCUCCCCUCCUCUCUUCUACUGCGACUGCCAGUGCUAUCUGAGGCUGAAGACGAAGCAGCGGAGACUACCUUUUCUGAGUACGCCGGCUCGGAAGAACCGCCCCCUGUAUCGCGUGAAGUCGGUUUCGAAUAACGGGAACUCGAGGAUCAGUGGUAGUGGCGCGGCUGAACCCGCCGGGAUUCUUCUCGAGAGAUUGUUUGCGCGGACUCAUAAGCUGGAGGAAAUGAGCAAAGCUUCCAGCGUGCCUCGGGAUCUCCAGCUGGAUCUGAAUUUCGAGGUGUUGGAGUCGGACCUCCUUGCUGCUCUGGCUUCUUUGAAGAGGAAGGAAGAUGAUUUGGAGGAGGCCGAGAGAAAGUUAGUGCUGGAGCAGGGCGAGUUGAAUCGUGCGACGGAGGAGUUGGAGCAUCGGGAGGAAGCGAUUGCUUCUGCUUUAUCUAGGCAGGAGAAGUUGGAAGGGGAUUUGAAGCGGGCGAAUUUGAAGCUGGCUUCUCAAGCUAGAGAGAUAGAAGAUUUAAAGCUUCGACUGAGGGAUAGGGAGCGGGAGAUUGCGGCCUCUCAAUCUGCAUUAUCCCUGAAAGAAGACGAGAUAGGAAAAAUGAAAACUGAACUGAUGAAAAGAAGCGAAGAUGCUCUGAUGAUCGAAUCAGAACUUAAACGAAAAUCCCAGCUCUUGACUGAAGCCGAUGAAGUUAUCAAUAAGCAGGAACUUGAGCUUCAAGAACUUCGAAGAGCAGUCAAGGAGAAAGAAGAAGAGUUAGAGUUUUCUAUGACAUUAAAGAAGGCAGAAGAAGACAAGCUAAAAGUUAUGGAGGCUACUUUGGAGAAACGGACAAAAGAAUGGUUGCUAUCGCAGGAUGAUUUAAAGAAACUGUCGGAUGAAGCCUCUAAACAUGCUGCAGAAUCUAACGAGGCAUUAGAGGAUUUCAGAAGGGUGAAGAGACUUCUUGUAGAUGUGCGGGCUGAAUUGAUAUCAUCUCAGCAAUCUUUGGUUUCCUCGAGGCAGAAAAUGGAGGAGAAGGAGAAGCUUUUGGAAAAGCAAAUAACAGAACUUGAAGGGCAGAAGGAGAGCAUUGCUGCUCACAUGGCAAGUUUGAAGGAUGUCCAUAUAGAAGUAGAGAGUGAGAGAGUGAAACUGAGGGUUGCGGAAGCUCGAAACAAAGAGCUUGAGCGAGAUUUGUCAUUGGAGAAAGAAUUGAUGGAAGAGCUACGGGAUCAGCUGACGAAAGAGAAAGCUUCUCUCCAGCAGGCAAUUCAGGAUAGGUCCUUGCUGCAGACUGAGCUAGAUAGGAGAAACUCUGAAUUUCAAGAAACCCAAGACCUUCUGCGGUUGAAAGAAGAAGAACUGGUGGAAGCCAAACUAGAAAUUCGGCAUUUGAGUUCCCAACAGACUGCUCUUCAGCUCAUGUUGGAGGAGAAAGAUUUUGAACUCUUGAAUACAAAGGAGAAGUUGGAAGAAUUAAACUGGGAAAUUGAAGAGCUCAAGAGACUCAUGAAUGGGAGGGAGGACCAGCUUAUCCAGGCUACAAAUUUGCUAAAGGAAAAGGAGGAGCAUGUCCAGAACAUGCAAAAUGAGCUAAGUGAUACAAAAUUGAGAUGCACUGAAGCUGAAUCUAUUGUAGAGCGGAUCGUGGAACUCACAAAGAGACUAAUUAUCCCCUUAGAGGAUAAAGAAAAUGACUUGGCGAAAACCCUGGACAUGGAUGGUCUGGGAUCGCAACAGCACAUCACGUUACCAACCGAUGAUUUUAGGUGGAAAAACAAACAGCUUGAGACUGAGAUUGAUUUAACUAAAGAAAGCUUACGAACGAAAGAAAUGGAACUUAUGGAUGCACAAAGGUCUCUAGCACUCAAGGACGGGGAGCUCGAAUCUGUCCUCACUAGACUAGAUGAGAGGGAGGAGGAACUUCAAAGGUUGAAGGAAGAAAUGAUUGAUGAUGCUAGUGAUCUCCGGAAACUGUAUGAGUUGGCACAACAGAGAGUUGGCGAGAAGAGCAUGGGGGACUUAGCUAUUGAGAAACUUCAACUUGAGGCUGCCCAGCUGGAAGUUGAAGCUGCAACUAGUGCUCUUGAAAAGCUUGUGGAAAUGACUCGAGAGUUUUUAGGUAAAGCUAGUUUAAGCAUUGAGGCGGACACCAAUGCCGGUAGCCUCCAUGAAGAACCCUCUGAUGUCUUGACAAAUUCAGAUAAGAACAAUGAAUGUUUUACCGAGGUAAAAUUGGAGGUCGCAAAACUUUCAGCUUUGAGUGAACACCUAGUGAGGGAGGCUGGCUUUGCUAUUGCUGCAGAGUAAUUUAGGUCAUUGAGCUGUGUACAUAGUUAUCUGACGGAUUUUUCGUCAUAGUGGAGAGUGAGGAUGUUCUGUUUUAUUUUGUAGUACGGGUCAUACUCUGAUUAGACUAGGAUGUGAGAACUAGUUGUAUGGUGUAUGAGGCUCGUGUGUUUGUUGAAUAGUUACUAGGUGAGUUGAGGAGUGGAUCUCUUUUUCGUAAUUGUGGUCUAAUCUGAUGUGUCGAAAGGUUCAAACUGACCAUGUAAUUUGAGUAAUGUUUCGUUUUCCCA